AUGUCAGGCCAGAUGUACGACGACCAAGUCUAUGCGGCCUCACGACGCCAUUCUCUCGCCACUCCUCCUCCAUCCAUGACCCCGCGCCAUAACCGUGUUCGCAGCCAGAGCGUCCGAGUCAGCAACGGCACGGCCAGCACCAACACCAGCUUCUCCAGCGGGAUGAUGUCCGAGGCGACCAACGUCACGCAGCCGCCCGCGUUUUCGAAAAAGUUCGUCGUCGUGGGCGAUGGUGGAUGCGGCAAGACUUGUUUGUUGAUCAGUUAUUCGCAAGGCUACUUUCCAGAGAAAUACGUCCCGACGGUUUUUGAAAACUACAUUACACAAACUAUUCAUCGCGCAUCAGGCAAGACCGUGGAGCUGGCUCUUUGGGAUACUGCUGGUCAGGAAGAAUAUGAUCGUCUUCGACCGCUGUCCUAUCCCGAGACAGAUCUGUUGUUUGUUUGCUUUGCGAUUGACUGCCCGGCUUCACUAGAAAAUGUCAUGGACAAGUGGUAUCCUGAAGUUCUUCACUUUUGCCCGACUACACCCAUCAUCCUUGUUGGCUUGAAAUCAGACCUGCGCUCCAAGAGAACAUGUAUUGAGCUCCUCAAGACGCAGGGUCUGACACCAAUCACACCAGAGCAGGGUGAAACGGUGGCCAGACGAAUGAAUGCCUCGUAUGUGGAGUGCAGUAGCAAGGAAAUGCGCGGAGUAGACGAGGUCUUCUCACUUGCAGUCGACACCGUGGUGACCGUCGAAGAAGAACAAACCUGGACCAGCCGUCCAAGCCAAAAAACCAAUGGCAAGCCCACAGGGAAUGCCAGUGGAGGCGGCCGUGUGGCAGGAAAAAAGGUCAAGAAGCGCACUUGCAAGAUCUUGUAA